UAUGGCCAAAUAGUUAAUAGUUACAAUUCCUCCACUUUUAUUACUAGGGAAACCCGAUUUAUACGUACUAAUCGCUAUUUCUUGAGUCAUUACCUCCAAAAAAUCUCUAGGGUAGAAGUUUUAAGUUUCUAAGAACUCUGUGAUCCAUAUUCAACAUCAUGUCCAAACGUUACAGCUCUAGCCUCUAUAUAUAUAAGUUUCUAUAUAUAUAUAUAUAACCCUACAGCUUGGAUCUUGGAAGGAACCAAAUUGGGAGAAAUACAAGGGAAAGAAGCAAAGAGGAACAACAAAAAAGAAAAAUCCUUCUAACAAGUUUGGGAAUGGCCAGCUCCAAGACAAUACUUGUAGUUGCUGUUCUUUGUCUUCUCUUAAUAUCUGAGGUGGGGAUCAUGGUUGCAGCUGAAAGACAAGAUUGCCAGACCAAGUGUGCCUUCAGGUGCAGCAAGUCAUGGAAGCCCAAGAUGUGCCAUAAAACAUGCAACACUGGCUGCCAAAGGUGCAAUGAUGGGUGCGUGCCUCCAGGCCCUACUGCUAACAGGGAUGUCUGCCCUUGCUAUGCACAGAUGAAGACCCAUGGAAAUAGAUACCAAUGCCCUUGAGCUUCAAACAAAAUUAUUUCUAUAUAUAUUAAUGCAACCAGCUCUCAAGGGAUUUGAUGUUGGUCAUUAGGAGAGAUCAUGGACCUAACAUUUUUAAGUUAAGUUUAGAAAUUUAUUAAAAAUGAUAGAUUUAAUUAGCUAAUUACAUUGAGAUAGUCGUUUCUGUUUGUUACCACAAUGUGAUU